AUGAGCUCAAGAAUACCAAUUAUCAAAAAAGGUACUCCAUCUUUCGGUAAACGUCACAACAAAUCACACACCUUGUGUAACAGAUGUGGUCGUCGUUCAUUCCAUAUCCAAAAAAAAACCUGUGCUGCUUGUGGUUACCCAUCAGCUAAAAUCAGAUCUCACAACUGGGCUUUGAAAGCUAAAAGAAGAAGAACUACUGGUACUGGUCGUCAAUCAUACUUGAAAAACUUACCAAGAAGAUUUAAAAACAACUUCCAAACCGGUGUUGCUAAACCACAAUCUGCUUAA